AUGAUAAGGGCUUAUAUUCCACGCUAUCGACUUGUGGAAGGUGAGAGUGGACGAAGCCAUUAUGUGUAUACAAUUGAAGUCUGUUACUUAGGCAAGGUUCACCGUAUUGAGAAACGUUAUUCUGCUUUCCAUAGUUUAUAUAAAGAGCUGCGCAAGUUAUAUCCAACAGCUGAAUUUCCUCCAAAGCGCCUAAGAAAUACAACUUCCAAAGUCUUAGAAACUCGCCGAGCAGGUCUGGAGUUGUGGCUUCACUCGGCACUGCUUCUCCAACCAUCACCACCUGCACUUUUAUCUUUCCUGCAGGUUUCCAAUUAUCAGCUACCCCAUCAAGAGUGUGAAGGAAGUGGAUCAGAGGAGAGCCCUUCUCAUCAACCUAUGCUGAUAUUUACUCAAGAUCCAUAUUUGGCAGCCCAUACCAGCAGCACUAAUUUGCCCAAUAUGCUUAGCAAGGGUGUCAUAACUGCUCUGUAUGAUCCAAGUUUUCAGAUGCCUGCCUAA